AAAAAAUUUAGCCUAGAUCCUAUUAAGGAUAGUUGUGUUAUAGCGAUAAACGAAUCCUACUGUGAAAAUUUAGUGUCCCUACAAGAAGGUGAUGAGGUUGCUAUUAUUCCAGCAAUAAGUGGAGGAUAAAAAGUUAUGGCUAAUUUUAUAUCUAUUACUCGUGAACCCUUGGAUGUCGCAACCAUCACUAAUUCAGUUGUACAUGAAAGUUGUGGUGCAGUUUCAACAUUCGUGGGGACCACAAGAAAUUCCUUUGAAGGAAAAAUCGUACGUUCACUUGAAUAUGAAGCAUAUGAAUCAAUGGCUGAAAAAGAACUUAAAAAUAUUUGCGCUGAUGUGCGAUCUAAGUGGCAAGAUGUAGUGAACAUAGCAAUUCAUCACCGUCUCGGUGUGGUUGCUCCAAAGGAAGCAAGCGUUGUUAUUGCUAUAUCGUCUCAUCAUCGUCAAGCCGCCUUAGAAUCGGUUUCAUAUGCCAUUGAGCAUUUGAAGAAAUCUGUACCUAUUUGGAAAAAAGAAUUGUAUGCCGAUGGAGAUUCAAAUUGGAAAGAAAAUAAAGAAUCAAUCAACAAAGUCAAAUUUAUUUUCCCAAAAACUCAAAUACGUAAUGAAAUAUCUGUGCCAAAUGAAUUAGUGCAAAUAGCAGUGGAUAAAAUUGAAAUUAAAAACCGUAUCACAUGUUAUCUCCAAAAGAAACGUGAUGAAAUUAAUGAAAACAACAUUAUGGAUUACCGAAAUAUAGAUAACUUUGGCAAAAUAGACAAAGGAACGCAUCACAAUAUUCUGCUAGAAAAUUCAUGUGCCCGAGUGAAUAGUUUCGUAGUGAAACAAAAUAGUUCAAAAUGUCUUUUGAAAGGCAAACAAUCCGGAGAGCCAACUGUUAAUAUGAUCCGUGCCUUGGCAUAUGAUCCAUCUGGAAUAAUUUAUUAUAAAACAAAUAUCAACGACGAUUAUAACGUUUUGCCACAACGUACACAACAAAAAUUUAGGGACAUCGAACCUUCACAGUUACAUACCGAAAGAAUAUCAAUAUCCAAAAAGAAAUGUGAACACCUGCACCAACUUAAAUUUUUACUUCCGGCUGACUGCCACAGCUUUUAUGAUAAUAUACCCUUUACAUCUUAAACCUAUUCUAAUUUGCUAUUUGUAUUGCAGAUUUUGUUGUUUUCAAAUGAAUUAUUUUGUUUUUCUUAACCAGUUUAAUAUAAUUUUAUUUUCUCGAAUUAAAUGUAUUAAUGAAAUAAUUUAUUUUGUGUUAAAAUACUUACAAUAAAUAGAUACAAAAAGACAUAACUUGUUAAAAACUUUUUUAGUUACAGCCUAAAAGCACAUUUUCUUAUUUUAACCAUUGCUUUCAUUUUAUACACAAUUUUUUUUCAAGUAGUUACGGCUUUUUGGUUUCAGAAAAAUAGAGUGCAAAAGGCCGUAACUAACAUUUCUUAAAAACUGCUUUUUCCCAUUAAUUUGGUUUUCAGAAACAAAUCCGUCUUUGCUUUCUAAGCUCAAAUCUACAAUUUGGAUAUUUAGCUUCAAGUAGUCUUUAAUCUAUAACGUUUUUUGCUUCUCCUGUAAAAUACUAAAAAUGUUAUUUACGGCCUUUUGCAUUUUAGGUGACGAUAUGUAAAAAACAUAUCUGCGAGGUUAAAAGAUACAAAUGGAAUAGUCACAUCGACUACCUAGUUUCCGCACUCAAAAAACGACUCGACAUCAUUAAAUGCCUCGCAAGCACCAUAUACAAUUGCAACACAGUGUCAUUACUAUUAGCAGUAAAAGCGUUGAUUAUAUCAAAAAUCAACUACGGCAAAUACCUAUACGCAUACGCACUGCCCUUGGUGCUUUCAAAACAACCCCAAUCAUAUCCUAUACUCCAAUCUGCACCGAUCCCCUCUCUUCUAUUGACUCGAUAAAAAACCUAAACAACCAAGACUUCUACUCCAACUCAAUUCGUAGAUAUCUACUAGAGAAACCAAAUAAGUUAAAAUUAAUUUGGAUCCCAGGUGACAUACAGAUACCCGGCAACGAAUGUGCCGACACGGCAGCUAAAAAUGCCAUAAAUGCACCACUCACAAUUCACCCAACCUACUCUCUCUCUCGGACAUAAAAUGUUUCUUAAAAUCAUACUUCCUCCAAUAAGACCAAAAUGAUAACAACAAUACUUCACAAUGGUACUCAAACAUAUCACAAAACUCCAAGACAAUCAACGACUACUUAAAAAAUAAUACAACCUCUCUGAUUAGAAAAGACCAAACUAAAAUUAUAAGACUAAGACUAGGACACAAUAAUCUGACACAUAAACACUUAAUUAACAAAAAAACUGUCCAACACCUGUAACUUUUGCAAUAGUCAAACAAUUAAUACUCAACACAUCCUUGAUUCAUGCACAUUCUUCGACACCCACCGACUGUCACUUCCAGACUCAACACCCUCAGACCUACUCAAAAACCCUUCCACUAAUAACUUAAUAACACUAAUAAAUUAUUUAAAGUUUUGUAAUCUAUAUAGUAAAAUAUGAAAUACUCUUCAUUCGCAUCUUUCACUCACUCUAACAUUUUCAAUAUCACCUAAAUCAACUGUACUACUGUAUAUCCUCACAUUCAUAUUAGCUUAAGGCCCCAGAUGCCAUAGCUUCUAUUUAAUAUAUUGUUCUGUAAUUUAGUUAUAGUUUCAAUAUUCUUGUAAAUAAAUAAAUAUACAUAUUCCAAACAUGGCUCCUUCCCUUAUGUCGGGCUGCCAAUGUGUAGGCGUUUGUACGUAUUUUUUCUAAAAUAUUUUCAUGCAAAAAGCAAAGUGAAGAGGUGCAAGAUUAUUGGAAAAGAACUGAUUGAUUUGUGGUCAAAACUUAAUUUUCCAAUCAUAGUAAAAGUAUCCUUUGAACGUAAAAUACAAAAACUCAUAUAAACAUACCAGAAAUCGUCCAAAAAAACGCUCUCAUUCAAGAAAUUAUUUGAUUUAACGAAUAAAAACGGUAUGUGGCUUGGUACUGAAGAUAAAGAGCUGUAUGAACUCCAAAUAAGAACGAACGGAGAAGUUGGGUACACAACUACUAAGGAUGUCAAGCUUCACCCAUCCAUAGCUUUUAAAAUGAAAGAAAAUACCUCCGUCAAAAAUAAUAGUAUAUUAAACACAUCAAUAUCUUCAAUAUCAUCAAGCGACACGAACGAUGAUUGCUGCGUCCCGAAUUAUGAAGAAUUUGAAGUACCUUCAAGGCUUAAACAAGCGAAUUGUUCAACAAAGGCAGUAGUGAAAAUAGUAACAACUGCCAAUGUGACCACCAAAAAUGCUGCUAAAAUAUGCAAAGAAUUGGCGAAAUCAGGAGUUAAUAUAACAACACCAACACAACCAGGAAUUUUAAAAGCAUCAGAACGUUUGGAAGAAGAUUAUAAGACUUCACUCAAGAAUAAUAUUUCAUUUUGAUGGGAAGAAAUUCGGUAAAAGAGAAAUACAGGCCGUGGUGCUAAAAAAUGAGUUCAGAGAAGUAAGAUUGGCUGUCUUGGAUCUUGAUAAAGAAAGAAGUUCAACCAUAUUUGAAGGCAUCAAGGAAGUUCUCGAUAAUUUUCAACUGUGGAGCUCCAUCAAAAUGAUUGUGUGUGAUACAACAACCGUCAAUACAGGACAUAAAAAUGGAUUUGUUAUCUCACUCCAAAAAUACUUUUCAACAAGGUUUACAUUCACCGCAAUAUGUGGGCUGUCAACAUCAUAUUUUAGAUCUGAUUUUAAGACAUGUAAUGGAUGAGUCACUGGAUGGAAAAUCAAUAUCACCAAAUAUUCCGUACGAUAUAUUUUCAGAAAUGAUCAAUAAUUUCGAUGCUCUAAAACAAAGUCUCGCUCAAAGCAAAGAAAAAUUGAAAGUAAGAUGCAUCAAAUGGCGCGAUGACAUGCAGUAUCUGUAUGAGCUGGGACAAGCGUUGAAAUAUUAUGAAAAAAAUAAAAUCUUUCCUUAUAUAAAAUUAUAUAUGUAUUAAUAUAUUUAAUAUAAUCGCUAAGCAACGCCCGUUGGAACUCAAGGGCUAUACUCUGCAUUUUGACAUUCAUACUCAUUGCCAAACACCGAACAAAACUGUUGCCUAUUUGUCAAUUGAUAUGCGGCGCUUGGUAUGACGUAUGGUUUUCCGACCACCGUUUUCAUGUAAAUGACUUCACAAAAUUAGAAACAUCGGUAAAGCCUUUUAAAGCAGCGCACACAUGUUUUUUAAAACACUGGGUGAAGGAAGACUCAUUGCAAACCAACAAAGCUCGAAUAUAUGAGCAGAACGAGCCAUCUAAUUGAUACAAGACAUUUGUCCGAAAUGUAAAUCUAAGCGCAGUUUAAAUCCUAAGUUUAUUGCUUCUAACUCUAAAUAAAAUAUAUGUGUAAUUAAUAAAAAGAGUGCGUGGAGUCCCUACGCGCGGAUGAAGUUAUACUUCUUAGUGAUAUUCCAAGAAAUGCAUAUCAUUUUGUAUGAAAGAAAACUAGCGAGAGACACUUUCCUUAAUUCACAUUUUAUAAAUUUAUUAUGCACAUUUUAAAAAGCAAAGUCCAAAUCAAUUAUCAUUUCUAGGUUCUGACGGAUUGAUAUCUAUAAUAUUUACAAUUGGAUUAUAAUAACUAAAAUACGAUAUGAAAUGUCUUACAUCUAUUUUAUCUAUAUUUCUCGCGAAUACCGCAUCAAUAGUCGUACCUCCUUUUGUCGUAGGAUCAUUUCUUCCGUUGAUCAUUUCUAAUGAAAAUUUCUCUCUGAGGAAUGCCAGUAAUGGUUCAGCUUCUGGCAAUAAGAAAUUUACAUUAAAAUCUCCCGCAAGGAAUACCGGUUGUUCGCUAUACUCUACUGGUUCUCCGAUAAUAUCUGCAAAAGCUUGCGAACCUGCAGUUAACAACGGUAAUAAAGCUUUACCAAUAAGCAAUUUUAUAUCCCUCAUCGAUGAAUUUGGUGAUAUAUAAAUGGCAAUUAAAUUCAAUUUUUUAUUAUUAUGAUUAUCGCUAGGGUUCAUUUUGCAUUCUACCGCACACAAAUCGCUAAUUCUUGUUGAUGUUGAUAUUGUCACAUCAGCAUCACUCGCGUACGGAGCCUUUAUAUCUAAAUGAGGAGUGAGAAUAUGACAUUUGUCUUGUUCAUUGUGAUAAAUAGCAACGCCUGAAUUUCUUGUUUCAUUUCGUUGAAAUCUUACAACGUGAGAAAUCAUCAACAUGAGCACGAAGACUUUGACAAUUGAAUGAUAUUAUUGAUAAACAUUUUCUUGUGCUAAGAAACUCGAAUAAUUAUUUUUCGAAGGUGACAAUUGGAUUUCGACGUAAUUUUAUCAUUUCAUCUCGCAAAGCGCGACAUGACCUGUCAUUGCUUCCAAUGCCAUGAUAAAAUUUUUUCUGUUUGUUCACUGGGAUAAUGUAAAUUUGGUGGUUGACAAACUUACGUGUACGCAUAUACAAAUGUAAGUUUGUGUGUUUGUUCAAUGACAUAUAAACAUGUACAUAUGUAUGUUUUGUAGUACAUUUCUUGUAAAAUCUUCGUUGCCACGGACAACAAAUGACCGCAAAUAGUAAUUUUUUUUUGUCACAGACUUGUAAUCAGUGUCGCAUUUUCGCAGGUAAAGAGGUGCAUGUCCCCAACUCAUAUUAUUAUGGAUUGUUUUAUGUCUUGAUUCUUACUAAAAUCAAUUGUAGUACAUUAAUAUUUGGCAUCAUAUAUUUGCUAAUAAUAAGUCAAUACUAUCCAAUACAUAUUUUGCGCAUUUAUAAUUACGGAGGGAUCACUUGAAACCACUCUGUAAAAUUCGAUGUGUCGAAAAAUUGAUGGCCGCCUGCGCGACGCUACAUUGCGUUGUUGGUAGAAAAUCGGCUUGUCGUAAAUAUGUAUGAAAAUGUAUGAGCAUGCAAACAUAUCGACAUAAAUUUUUGACGCUUGUUGUUUUUGUAGAACAUUGCUUUUGAUUUUUGGUGGUUGACAAACCUACGUGCACGCAUAUACAAAUGUAAGUUUGUGUGUUUGUUCAAUGACAUAUAAACAUGUACAUAUGUAUGUUUAUGCAUAAUGUUGCUGUUGCGCAACAAUUAUCGCAACUGUUCCGAACUCGUAUAAGAAGUUUAACUUCAAAAAGAAAAUUAAUUAACAAAAACUAUAUUUUUCUUAUAUGUAUAUAAAUAAUAAUAAAUAAUAUUUGUUGCAAAAUAAUCAAAAAAUACUUUUUUUGAGUUAAUGAUGCCGAAACGUAGAUUUUAUAGUGUUUUAUAUCGUAUCAAAAUUUUAUAUCAAUAUCAAUCAUAUUUUCUGAGAUAUCCACAAAAUUGUGCAAAUUUUUACAUUGAGGCUUAUGGGAUUUGAAAACUUUAAACGCGUUUUUUGCAAUUUUUUUUUAUCAAAAUAAAAAAAAUUCAAUUGCGUUGGUGCGGGAACUUUUUGAAAGAAAACAAAAAAGUAAAAACGCAGUUAAUAUUUUUUCACCAUUGCUCAUCAUGUACGGCCAUGUAAAUAUUAUGUUGCAAAAAAGUUAUACCCCUAGCGAUGCGAGAGCAUUCAAAUGAAGUUAAGUAUGUACAUAUCGUUCGUUAAACCAAUUGAGUUGGUACUGUUAUACUUAAAUAUGGGUAACUGAGUAGAGAAAAACUGAUUAAGCUAGAUAAAGUAAAGUAUGUGACUCCGUUGAAAGGACUUUAAAACAAGUAAAACUGCAAUUUUGUGGAUUCGGCGACGAAUGAUGCCUUUCGAAGUUUGCACAUCAACUACUCAUACUCUUUCAUCUUUUCCUGGCACAGUAUCUAUGACUCGACCAAGUAGACAUCGUUGUGGAGGUACAUUUUCCUCAUGGAUAAGAACCGUUGCAUUUUUACUGACAUUUCGAUGGUCCAUUUCGAUCUCGCUUGAAGUUCGCUUAUGUGGUCGUGUGACCAACGUUUCCAAUUUCAUUUGUUGACUUGAUUGCCAUUGUCUGCUCGCUCAGGAAGAGUCUUCAAUGCACUACCAGUUAGGAAGUGCCCUGGAGUCAAAGCUUCGUAGUCGCUGGAAUCCGACGGAAGUGGUGAUAUGGGUCGAGAGUUUAGAAUUGUUUCAAUUUAUACCAAGGCUGUAGUGAGUUCCUCAUAUGUUAACUUAGUAUUAAUAAUGCUUAGAUUUAAAUGGUAUUUGGCUGAUUUAACUGCCAUUGGUUUCCCAAAUACCACUAAAAUGAGGUGUCCUAGGAGGGAUAAAAUGAAAAUUGACAAAUUCUUUAGCGCAAUAAUUAUGUAUGACAUUUUAGUUCUCUUUCUUAAAUAGAAAGGCUUUCAAUUGAGCAAGUUUGCUACAAGCCCGACGAAAUUAGUUGCGUUGUCGCAGAAGAUAUCUGAUGGAAUACCUCUUCAUCCAAUCAUUCGUUUGAGUGAUGCCAAAAAUGCAUCCGUGGACAAGUCGAAGACGACUUUGGCCAGUGCUUCUGUCCGCAAUGGUAGUUUUUAAUAUGUAGAUUUCGAAUUUACCGUGUAACAAGCGUUUCUGUGUGUGUAUAGCGUUUCUGGCUCUUUGGAAGAUUGACCAAUUCAAGAUCCUUGAGUUGUUUCCAAGAACGGGCUCAAAUUUCGUAGUAUGCCAUUUGUCAUAGUAUUCUUUUGUAAUAGUCGAAUGUCUGCAGCGAAGUGUUGUUGUUGAGCGUUCUAAACAAUGCAUAUCAAAGCGCGAUGUAGUUUAUCAGGAGGAGGUGGCCCAUUUACAAUUUCCGUAUUAACUUUCUUCAAUCUAGUGUGAAAAUGUAACAUUCAUGAGGCAAUCCGAACUUCACGAGUAGUACUAUAUCUAACGAGUGCUUUAAGAAUAUAAUUAUUGAUUACAACUAUUUUAAAUACUGAUUUGCGCAUUUCUGUGUUAACAAUUUCCAUGUUAACGUUGUUACUUUUUCCAUUAGGCCAAUUUUGUUCAUCCUCAUAUAGAAACUCAGGACCAUUGAGCCAAAUGUUAAUGUUACCAACAUUGUCAACUGUGCGUGUAUAUAUUCCGCAGCCGUAAGCACGUAUCGAAGAAUCACAAAAUCCAUAUAUUUGUAAAGAUUGCAUGAAUGUUGUCCACACCGAUGCGAUGUAACGAUUACUGGUGCUAGUAGUCCAAGCGGGUCGAAGAGCGACAAAGCGAUGGAUAGUAUUGUCUUUUUAGUGAUGUUCUCGUUUGUUGGCUGCUUAGGUAGGAAUGAAAACAUAAAAUUAUCUUAAAUUUGAUUCCAUUUAAGACCAAGAGCACUGGUGACAGAAGUGUCGAGAUUUAAAUUUUUGUCAGUGUGAUCGACUUUGAAACAUUGGUGAUUGGAAUUCCAUUUUGAUAGCUCAAGCCCACCUAAUUUUAGCAACUCUGUUACCUUGAUAGCUCGGCAAGUGAGUCAGCUUCACACAACAGGUCGUCCACGUAGAAUGAUGACUUGACGACAUCUGAUCCAACGACGAAUUGAGACACAUGCUGAUCCGCGUGUGUUGAGUUGGGCGAACUCCUCCAUAAAUUAUACUGGAACCUGCGUUGUUCCUCACAGAUUAGUAUCUGCCUAUACAUUUUAACAAUAUCUGCAGUAAGAGCGAACCGAUGUAAACGAAAACGAAACAAAGUAAUUACAAGUUCGUUUUGAAUUGUAGGUCCAACCAUUUGGAUGCCAUUUAUCGAUUUUUGCGUAGUUGUUCGACAAGAUGCAUCGAAUACAACUCUAAAUUUAGUUGUAGUGCUAUUUUGUUUCAAAAUGCAAUGAUGAGGGAUAUAAUAAUGAGGUUUAUCCAAGUUAGGGUUGGGCAAUGCUUGCAUGUGUCCUAGACUUUCAUAUUCCUCCAUGAAGUCUACGUAUUGUUUCCUGAGCAUAGGUAGCUGCUGUAACCGACGCUGUAGCUCAUUAAAUCGUCGCAAAGCUGUGUUAUAUGAUUCACCCAAGCAAGAAGGAUCAUACUUGAAUGGGAUGUUCACAAUGAUCCUACCGUUAGGACUUCUAGAUACUGUGUCAUUAUAUGACUUUUCGCAGCUACAUAUGUUGUUCAUGUGUCCAUACGUCAGGCUUCGUAGCAAUUUCUUCAAUUUGCCACAAUUUUUCCAAUUUGCUUUUGUGAAAGUUCAUCACUUAUGAAAUUCACUUGGGAACAAGAAUCAAGCAAAGCGCGACCAAGGUGAUAAUUUCCAAAAGCGUCAUGAACUAAAACCUCUGCUGUUGCGAGGAUGUUGUCAAGCGACGGCGAAUUGUUCAUGUGUGUGUGAACAGCAGAUGUUGAUGAAGAAUUUGUCGAAUCUGGUAAUCUCACGAUGUAACAGAGUAUGGUGUUGACGAAAGCAAAUCUUACACGUAUGCGUUGAUGCGCAGUUCGAUAACUGGUGUCCCUUUGACAAACAGUUAAUGCAGAGACCCAUAUGUUUGACACGGUCAAUGCGUUGCGAUACACUAAGCGCCUUGAAACGGUCGCAGUUGUGUAUUUUAUGAUCGUUGCUGGAACAUAACGAACAAAUCGAGUUGGAGGACGAAAAUGAAUAACCCUUACGAGAAGGUUUUGCUCUAUGUGCAUUGGUAGUGCUUUGAUGUACAUAUCCAACAGUGUUAGCGUUAUCAAUGCAGUCGAGGUACUGUCUCUCAAUGUCUCUCCAAUUCUACCGCUUCUCAAUUGACUACCGUUAGGCUUAGAAAUGGACGAAAGAUCAAAUAACGAAGAAAUUUUUUCUAAAAAUAUGAGAGUUGGGUUAUCGUACCGAGUCUUAAGUGUCUCCAAUGCCUUCGAAUGAUUUUCAUCGGAUAAUUGAAAAGCGUCAAUAGUUUCUAAUGCCGCUCCAUUGAGACAGUUACGUAAAUGAUUAAAUUUCUCUAUGUAAUUUAAAUUCUAUGUAAAUUGUAUGUAUGUUAGACAAACUAUAUUCUCAAUCAAUAAUUUGCUGAAAGGAUGUUAUAAAAUUUUGAUAUUCAGAGUAUUUGCCGUUGAAUGAGGGAAAUUUAAGUUUAGGCAGCUUUGAUCCUGCUUGCAUUAGAGAAGUGGUGUCUGACAAUGCGUUAUUGUAAUCCUCGGUAACCUGUGAAUGAAUAAUUAACUUUGUUGUGAUAUACAGCUCCUCAAGAUCCAUACGUCCGCAAUUGUCUGAAUCUAUUCUUUCAAUUUUCGUCUGUUGACAAUACAUUCUUGAAGUAUGAUUCAAGAAUGCCAAGACGGCAUUUGUAUUCGGCUGAUGAAAGUAAUUUACCACCUGGCCGUAGACUGGCCCCGCAAUAUUUUAUAUGCGAAAAAUAUGUUUCUUAAUAUUAGAACGUUGCUGUUUAAGAUCUUCCAAAGGCAUUUUAAGAAUGUUUUACAACUUAGGAAAAGUGCGACUUAUAAAUUGUACAUUUAUUUGAUGGCAAGGUUAGAUUGCCGAUAUAACAACGAGUAAUAAAUGCGAAUGUAAUGUUUAAAUACUUGCGAUUGGAUUUCCUUUGGUCCAACGUAGCUAUGACAAAAUGGCAGAACCCCGUUCAAACGGUUCGUUGGAUAUAUACGAAUAUGUAGCGAUGCAGCGAAAUGUAUGUAAGAAAAAACAGCAAGUGACAAUGUUUACAGCGACAGCGAGCAGCAACGAUGGCAGCGAGAAAAACCAGUGCAGAGUAGUGGGUACGACGUCUCGAAUAACUGAUUUGCGUCCUACAGUAAGAACCGUGCAAUGAGGUUAUCCAACGAUGUGAUCCUCCAGCGAUGAUGAGGAGGUAGACUAUUGUGACGAGCGUUAUGAUGACCACCAAGAGCACGAUUCACGAUAGUUAUUGUGAAAUAGCCGCGUUCAAGUCAGGUUACACUUAAUAUUAAAUUCUAAUGCCAGCACUACAUUAAUUUAAAAACACUGCCCACGGGCGCCAAAAAAUGGAUAAAGAAGAGUUUUUCCCGACCGCGAUAUAAAAGCGAAACAACAAUAAUUUAAAUAUAAUUUUGGGCUGUGCAAUUAAAUUGAAGAUGACGGAACAAAGAAAGACUCGUCGCCUUGGUGGUCACCAAUAGACUGAAUUAUUUAAUGUAAUAAAAAAUGUAAUUAGGUACAUUGAUUUAACUUAUGCUAAUAAUUGGCAUGAGUGUCCAUAUACCUGCAGAUGCGAAGAAGUCACACAAAAGGAGUGACAAAAACUCUUGCUGUUAUGUUAGUGCGUACACAAGAAUGAUAGAAGACAAGAUUACGACAGGCGUUUACAGUUAGCUUUUUUGGGUUUUAAGUUUCUGUUGAGUGACAACUUUCACGACCCCGAACACGCGAGCAAAACAAAAUUGUACGGUGGUACAAAACAAUAAAACCCAAACAAAGAGCUGAAGUCAAGGCUAGUGCUUAAUUAUUAUUGAAAAUUCUAAGUGAAAAAUGUAUUAACUUGAAAAAGAAGUCCGCAAUGGCGGAAUUAAACAACAAUAGUACAAAAAAGUCGUCUAUAAAGAAUUUUUUUCACUUUUCCAACCAACAAAAAAGUUGGCAAAAUGGCGAACUUUUUGUAACAAAACAUAUAAUUUUCAUUAUAAAUAUGCAUUAUUAUAUUGGAUCAUUUUAUAGAUGACGAUUUUAAGAAUCACGUUCAUUCUGAUAUUUUAUCUGCACAUUAUUCAAUUUGGUUCACUAUGUUUCACAUUUCCGUUUUCCAUUUGACAAUUCUUGUGUUGCCUAUUCCCAUUCGUGGGUCGUGAACGCUUCAGCCUGUCGUAAUCUUGUCUUCUAUCAUUCUUGGUGCGUACAUAUGUAGACAUGCGUGCGUGUAUAUAUACAUAUGUUCGUUAAACCAUUUGUAUUGGUACUCUUAUACUUAAAUAUGGGUAACUAAGUAGAAAAUAACUAAUUAAGCUAGAACAAAGUAAAGGGUGCAGCUUUAGGUGACCCAACAGGAACUUUUUUGAAUUUCUAUUAAUUUUUGAAAGCAAAGAAAAAAAAAACUGACAGAAAGGCCUCCCGCUUGACAGCAUAAUUAACAUAUAUUUGAAUUUUUUUUGUAAAUCAGUUGGUAAGGCAGUUUUUAUUACUUAGCAUACAUUCAUUUUGGUCAUGCAGACCCCUUUUUCCGCUUGUGGAACAUCAUGUAAUCAAAUGAGUUCGUUGCUCGUACGCACUAUGCAAAUUCAAAAAUCCAACAAUGAACUAAAAAAUUAAAAUAGUAAAUUUAAAAAUUUAAACUAAAAUCAUCUCCAUCAAAAGCAACUUUUGCAAACGAAACAGACGAAGAAGAGCUUGAAACUGAAAUAAAUCGGUUAUUAAAAAAGAGAAACAUAGGAACUGUAAGAAAUGGUGAGCAGAUUCUUCUCCGGAUAUAACGAUGAGGUUUCCAGAUAUAUCUAGAACCUAUAGAAAACAUUAAGGAAAUUUUGUGAAUUAAAUAUAUUCUAAGAAACCAUCAAGAUGUGUGAAAACAAUUAAAUUUAAGCUGCACAAAACCUGCGGAACUACCGACAACUUACAAAAAUUAAAAACGCGGAUGUGAAAUAUAAACAGCUUCAAUCACCAAAACGAUUAAGUACUGUAUCUGCUGCUCCACAAAAAGAAAAUACCAAGACAACCCAUAUCUCUCUAAUAAACAUACGAGGGUAUUUUUGAUAUAUGUAUGUUUGAUCUUAAAAAAAAAAAACAAGAUAUUUUGGAAGAUGAAGUUCACAAAUUUAGGGAAACUAUUCGGCAAUCAGCUUGGAACAUCAUUCCUGUUUUGAAAUAAAAUUUAUAAUAAACACCCAGCCGACAUUUUGGAUCUCAUAAAGAAAACGAGAAAACGUAUUAACUAAGUUCGGGUGUGACACAACAUUUAAUACUCUCGAAAUUUAUUUAUGUAAUUCUCUUAUUACAAAACACUAUUGGGUCUAAAUAUUCAGAAUAAAGUCCACCAGAAUAGCGAAAUGUGAAUUUCUUUAGAAUACAUGAGAGAUUUAACUAUAUUUUUGUAAAAAAAUGGUCACAAGCACUGAGGUCAUCAUUUCGGUAUCUGCGGUCUUUACGGUCCGAUUUACAUAUACUAUAUAUACAUAUAUAGAUUUAUAGACGGGUGAUGCCACACUAUAAAUGACGUACUUGUAUAAAGUUCUGUUCCUAUAUCUUCACCGGUGCUUAAUUUAUAGAUUGUAAAGUAAACGGAUCAUAUGGACUUCAAAAUAGUGGUAUAGUGAAAGUAGGCGUGGUUGAGAACCGAUUUCGCUAAUUUUUAAACUGUAUAUAAAGGUGCCAAGAUAAUGUUACAACCCGAAUUUCGUUAAAAUUUGUCGAGUAGUUCCUGAGUUAUGGUUUUUAACCCAUAAAUGUUUUAGCCUAGUUUUAGCCUGCACAUACGGACGGACGGACAGGCAGACAUCCAGAUUUAAACUCUACUCGUUACCCUGAUCCUUCCCUGAUCGUUUAGUUUUUGCUGUUACAAUCAACCGUUUUGUGAACAAAACUAGUAUACACUUUGCAACAUCUUGCGAGUGUAUAAAAAUGGUAAUUUACGCGAUUUUCUCAAUAUAAAACAGAAUAACAUUUCAACCUAAGUAAUGAAAUUAACGCCAAACGCAAAUAUAGACUAUUAUCUU